UAUGAAGGAUCAGCUUCUGGUCCUCCUCCUCUAGCCUCUGUCUGCACGCCAUCGCAAGAACAAACUUUGCACAUUCACAUGGCUGUCUCCUGCCUGCGAUAACACAUCAAAUCAGAGAUGUUGUUGCCAACAUUCCACAGUCGGCCCCACUGCUCCGUCAAAUUGGGCCGCAUUCCUGCAUGACCACAUAGGACACGACCAGAGGAGAGACAUCACCCACCACUGACGUUUCAUUUUCUGGACCUCUUUGAGGAUUUUCAACAGAAACUGACUAAAGUGCAAAUAGGGAGAUUUGACUAAAAACGAAUAGUCUGCAUUACUUCCAGCUGCUUGAGCAGAGAGAAGGCCUCUCACAUCAAAUGGUUGCAACCAGGUCAACAAAAGGAGGAAAAACAGAGCCAAAGACCUUUCUUUCCCUGGAUUUUUUCUGUGUGGGGGACAAAAUAUUUAAUUUGUGAAUUAUUUUGCUGAAAUAUCCUCACUCAAAAAGGAUUCUCUCAACCACUAUAGAGGACUUUUUCUGUUUCAAAGAUGGACCUUUUACCAGACAGUCCACGUUUGCGCUCAGACAGCACCAGCAGCUCUACAUCACAGAGCUCCAGGUCGAAGACUCUCCUCCGCCAGCGCCUGUCCCAGCUGAUGACCUGCAUAGAAGACCUGAGUUCUGAUGACGAAGCCGGCGAGGAAGUGUCCCGCACGCUGGACGAAGCCUUUCAGCUUUGUGGACGAUUACUACCCACAGAUGCAUUCAGGCUGCACUUGGUCACCUGGAAUGUGGCUACAGCAGAACCACCUGAGGACGUCACCUCAUUGCUGCAGCUAAACGACCAACCCCCCAUAGACCUUUAUGUGAUUGGCUUGCAGGAAGUUAACUCCACACCUAUGAAGUUCAUCUCAGACCUGAUGGCAGAAGAUUCCUGGAGCCAUCUUUUCAUGGACACACUGGGACCCAAAGGCUUUGUGAAGGUCACAUCGGUGAGGAUGCAGGGUUUGCUGCUGCUGGUUUUUGCCAAAAUGAUGCAUCUCCCCUUCAUCAGAAACAGCCAGACCACCUACACACGCACUGGCAUCUUUGGCUACUGGGGUAACAAAGGUGCCGUUUCUGUACGGUUUUCCUUUUAUGGCCACAUGGUGUGCUUCCUCAACUGCCACCUUGCAGCUCACAUGCACAACGCCCUACAGCGAGUUGAUGAGUUUGAGCACAUCCUGGAAACACAAGACUUUGACAUCUCUGACACUCCUCUUGUCCUAGACCACAAGGUAGUGUUCUGGUUUGGUGAUCUAAACUUCCGUAUCGAGGACCAUGGUUUGCACUUUGUCCGCUCAUCCAUCAAUGGUGGACGGCUUAAUUUGCUGUGGAGCAAGGACCAGCUCAUCAUGAUGAAGAAAAAGGAACCCUUCCUGCAGGAGUUUGAGGAAGGCCCACUGAAUUUUAAACCCACCUACAAGUUUGACCGUAAAGCUGACACCUACGAUACCAGCUCUUCAAAGACAUGGUUGGGUUUAAAUGGCAAGAAGAGGAAGCCAGCCUGGACAGAUCGGAUCCUCUGGAGGAUCAAACCUACAAGCCUCCCAUCAGGAGAGGAGGAGGAGGAGGAGGAGGAGGAAGGUGACGAUGAGAAGGCAUCAACUUUCACAGAUAAUGGACAGGAUGAGUAUCCAAUCCUGGUCACCCAGAACACAUACACCAGUGUCAUGAGCUAUGGAGUGAGUGACCACAAGCCGGUCAUUGGAAACUUCACUCUGGAGCUGAGGAAGUGCUAUGACACACAACUGGUACAUGUGACACCUGUGGGUGAAUGGAGCGCAGACCAAAAUGCACUUCUGACCUACACCAUCUUAGAGGACUUCAUGUCUUCUACAUGGGACUGGAUUGGCCUCUACAAGGUUGGAUUCAAAAGUGCAUCUGACUAUGAAACCUUUGUUUGGGUCAGAGAGAAUGAGCUGCCAGAGGUUAAUGAGGUCAUAGAGAAAUCUGUGGAUAAAAAUGAGAUCCCUCUGCUGAGCGAAGAAUAUGUUUUAGGUUACUACAGUACCAACCUGAACAGCAUUGUUGGCCUCAGUGACAACUUCCAGAUCCUGGAGUCAAAGCGUGCUGCUGUGGAAGGUCUCGUACCUAAAGACAUCAAUGGGAUCAACAAUUAAAAAAAAUGUCCCCACAGUGCCAAAAUGUACACUUCUACACAGUAAUUGUGAUUCAGACUUUACCUGAUGAGAUGUUUGAGAACAUCAAACUUGUAUUUGCUGUUUUCCCUAUGUUUCAUUCUUCUAAAACUGGAUUUUUGGUUGAGAAUAAAUACAUUAUAUAAAUUAAA